AUGCCCUCGCCCCUGGCCCUACGCCCCUACCUCCCGAGCGAGUUUUCCUCGUCGGUGGACGCGCGGCCCUGCAGCAGCCCCUCCGAGCUCCCUGCGAAGCUGCUUCUGGGGGCGACUCCUCCUCGGGCCCCGCGGCUGCCCCGCCGGCUGGCCUGGUGCUCCAUUGACUGGGAGCAGGUGUGCUUGCUGCAGAGGCUGGGAGCCGGAGGGUUUGGCUCGGUGUACAAGGCUACUUACCACGGUGUUCCUGUGGCCAUAAAGCAAGUGAACAAGUGCAGCAAGAACCGACUAGCAUCCCGGCGGAGUUUCUGGGCCGAGCUCAACGUGGCAAGACUGAGCCACGACAACAUCGUGCGCGUGGUGGCUGCCAGCACGCGCACGCCCGCGGGCUCCGACAGUCUAGGGACCAUCAUCAUGGAGUUCGGUGGCAACGUCACUUUACACCAAGUCAUCUACGGCGCCGCCGGCCACCCUGAGGGAGACGCAGGGGAGCCCCACUUGCGCACUGGAGGAGAGUUAAGUUUGGGAAAGUGUCUCAAGUACUCCCUAGAUGUCCUGAACGGGCUGCUCUUCCUCCACUCGCAAAGCAUUGUGCACUUGGACCUGAAGCCCGCGAACAUCUUGAUCAGUGAGCAGGAUGUCUGUAAAAUUAGUGACUUCGGUUGCUCUGCGAAGCUGGAAGAGCUGCUGUGCUUCCAGACACCCCUCUACCCCCUAGGAGGCACAUACACCCACCGCGCCCCGGAGCUCCUGAAAGGAGAGGGCGUGACCCCCAAAGCCGACAUUUAUUCUUUUGCCAUAACUCUCUGGCAAAUGACUACCAAGGAGGCGCCCUAUUCAGGGGAGCGGCAGCACAUACUGUACGCGGUGGUGGCCUACGACCUGCGCCCGUCCCUCUCCGCUGCGGUCUUUGCGGACUCGCUCCCGGGACAGCGCCUUGGGGACGUCAUCCAGCGCUGCUGGAGACCCAGCGCGGCGCAGAGGCCAAGCGCGCGGCUGCUUUUGGUGGAUCUUACUUCUUUGAAAGCUGAAUUCGGCUGACUGAAAACCUGGGUCAA